AUGGCUUUGAGAAUCUCGCAGCUCGCCUUCGACCGCCUCAUCUCCGAUGUUGAGACAGAGGUCCUAGGACCCCCCACGGGCGAUGGCCAUAAAGCCCUGCUACGCUCGUCUUUCAUGACUGAAGCCGGUCCAUUGAUACCCAAGACGACCACCCUCGCGCAAGCUGACCAGGAGGCAAUCGCGGAGAAGGCGCAGACCAUUUUCUGCCAUCACUGCUGGGUCAACUUGUCCGACCCACUCUGGGACUUCGUGAAAACGAGAAUGAUCGAGCACAUGAACGAUGUGGCCAGCACCCAGCAGCCAACGGCUGCCUCUGCUGACCCCGAGGGCGGUAUUCUUGGCUGGGCGCCUCCUCGACCCAGGGGCAAACACGUAAAGGGGAAGCCCGUGGCAUGCAAGCUCUGCGGACAACCGAGCGUCGCGCCCGUCGACCACCUUGCCUAUCAGCACGGCAUAGACAACCCGGCCAACCGACACACUCUGCGGGAGGCCCACGUCGUGAAGAUGCAUGGCAAUGUCGUGGCACAGCACCUGGUCCAGGACGCUGCCGAGCUGAAUGAUCUCAUGGCGAACAUCUUGGCCGUCGAGCGCAAGAUUUGCGGUCUCAACCCGGGAUACCAGGGGAGGCACGGCCUGCCGGUGAUCGGCCGCUGGGAGACCGACCGCAACCACUCCUCCUUCAACAUGAAUGGAAAGCAAGGCCAGACAAAGCAGGCUCUGGUCGACAAGCUCGUUGGCCUGCGGAUGGCUGGCUUGAGGCAAGGCAGGCUGUACUCCCGCGAGGGUUGGGGAACAUAUGGUGAGGUUCUUGCUGAUCUCGAGGGGGUUCUUGCCAGGAUGGAGGAGUAG